UCUCUUUUGCCUUUAUGUUUCAGAGAGUGAAGACAGAGAAAAGAGAGAUAGUUUAAUUUCUAAGUCAACUGCAUCAGAUGAUCAAAAUCUCAGUGAGGAAUCCAUUUUGGAGUCUGAGACGAGAGAACCAAAUGGUGAAAAAGAGGUAACUCAAGGAGACCCUGAUGUAGAAACAUUAGAAAUAAUUUACACCUCGACUGCAGAUAAUUCUGAUGUUAAGAAAGGUGACGUUGUGUUACUUGAAGAAUAUCCCAAAUCACGGGAAAAGGAAUCUGCUGACGAAGAUGCUGAAAUGCCUGGGAGACGUGAAGAUGGAUUGAUUGAUGCAAGUACACAAACAAUAGCAAAACCUUCUGAAGAAAAACCUUCUGAUGUUCUUUCAGACGUUGGAACAUUUAGAAAAGAGACAGUAGAUGGAACGGAAAUGAAAACAACAACUCCAAACAACCAGUUGGAUAAAGCACCUGCUCAGCUGAAACAUGCUUUCGUGCAAACCUUGUCCGCAGAAGAAGCACAGCAGCGUAAUGCCAUUGUUCAAACCUUGGUAUCAGGUCUAUUUUCACAAAGUGAUGUUCAUGUGCAAACAGAAGAGAUAGAAAGUAUGGUACUUGAUUCAGAUAUCAAAACUAUUCAAGAGCCAAGUGAACUAGAACAUGAAAAACACUUACAAUCGGAUAUUCAAAAGGUUCCUUCCAAUACAAGCGAUAUUUCCGAUCUGACCUACUUUGAAAAGGAACAAUGCCCCUGUAAAAUGCCCAGGGUUAAAAAGGAGAAGUUAAAAUGGACUAUAGUCACACCGAGCAUUAGAGAAAAUGGAAACAAAACAUUUGGUAUUUCACUGCCAGAAAAAGGUUAUUAUGAAUGUGCAGUGACUGGGCUGAGAUGGAUUACAACAUCACAUGUUACCCUAACUUAUGAAUAUUGCUCCUGGGAUGAGUACGUUUCUGAUGUGCAGAAGGAAAAUUGGGUAAUCGGAAGUUCAUUAUUCAAAAUCACCAUUGAAGAUGGCAGUGUUGAAUCUGUUCACCUCCCUCACUUUAUUUGUGAAUCAGGUUCAGUAGAUGCAAUGAAUUCUGCAGUGUACAAUGUUGCACAUUUCAGUAAUAAUCUGUUCUCAAUGGAAGCUCCAUCGGAAGUGACAUUAUCUCAUGCCAUAUUGAGAAAUCACCCACUUGGCCUUGUGGGUAUUAUCCUCUGUCAAGUUUGCCAGGUGGCUAUUCACGCUAUCGUAUUACUAUAUCAAACUCUCCAAGUUGAUUCUUCGAACUUCCAUGCAUAUGUGCUACCAAAUGAUCCAACUUUAAUACAGGCAGUUGAAUUGAAGGAAAAUGAAAUAAAGUCAAUGAAAAUUCAAAGACCUGCACAAGUAAUCAUGCUCAGCUAUGGCAAAAAAUAUAAGCUCACGUCCUUUACAAAUGUAAAAAUAACACCGUCUGAUAUAAAAUUCUACUACUUCAGGUUUAAUCAAAAACAACCAUUUUAUGAAGUGAGCUGCACAGAUAUGAAGUAUAAUAUUAAGCUGAGUUUGACGGAGAAAAAUAAAAUUGCUGUUUUAUGGGAACUACUAAUAACACCAGAUAUGUUUAACAUAUUGAAGAAAGGAGUGGAUUUUGUUCAAAGACACAAAAAAGAAAUUAUUUGUUGUCUUAAGAUGACGCAACCAAUCUGGUCACACUUGCGAAUCAAAAAAGUCAUCACUAAAGAUGAAGAGCGUGAGGUUGGUUCUCACAUUACCGAUACUCAACAAAAUAGAGCCCUUGUUCAGUUAAUAAUGAAAAAGGGAGAAGAAGCAGAAGAAGAACUGUACAAUGCUCUACUUGAAAAUGAUCCUUAUUUUGUGAAUGAUGUGGAAUUUAAUUAUUCAGACAAAUUAUGUAACAACUGUUUAAGAGAAUGGAGUUUGGCUUCUUUACACAAAGAAAGUUUAUCUGUAAAAGAAAUUCAUAGCAAAAAUAGAACAUGGCUGGCUCAUUUGGUUUGUAUGUUCAGUGGCAUGAUUGCAGGUUAUUUGCUUGGCUACAAUUUUUCAUAAAUUAUUUUUGCAGAUCUACAGUACAAUACACGUUGAAGCUCUCUGAUAAUGGGUGUUCAUCUUCCAAUGAAAAAUGUUGUUCUUUAUCAUAACUAUAUCAUAAUCUAGGUUUUAUCUCUCCAAUAAUAAACUCCUCUUAAUGCAAAUGUACUAAUGCCUCUGCCUCAACAGUGGUCAUUUAUCAAUCAUUUGUUUUAGUGACAUAAAUACUGUAAAAUUAUUUGGAAUUAAUAAUCUUAAUUUUAUUUCCCUCCUUCCUUAAACAGUUAUAAACAUUUAUUUGUUUUAUUCUUUAUUCUUAACUACAGUGAUGUUUGUUCUAUGACAUCAAAUAUUUAUAAAUAAAUGUCAAACAAAAAUAAAAAGCUUCUUGCAAGUUACUUGUGGUGUAAUUAAAAUUAACCCCUUGAGUUUUAAUAUGCUGCUAUAUUGUUAACAUUUUCUCAGAAGCAGAUAGAAGAUACAAAGACCAGAUGAGAAAGUGGGAACAACAUGACCCUAAAAGAAAUGGCAAAAUGAUUAGUCCUGUCCAUGAUGAAAUGGAAGUAAACAGAAUCAAGAUUAUAUUUUCCAGACAUUUUCAAGGGGCCCCUAAAGUUACUGCUGCCAAUCACUUUCGUUCAAGACCCAACUCCCUCCGUAUCAGCUCUACCUUGGUUACUAAAUUGUUCAAACAAAACCCAACAUAAGCUCAAGGAUACAGCACACACAUUGCAGUUGUCAGGAGACACACAGGACUGCAAAUUGCUGCUCAAUCUACUUCUCAGCUGGUCGAGCAGCAUUUCUGGGGGGAAAUUGACAACCCAUGUUUUUGGACAGGAUCAAAUGAAGGGUCCAUUCCGUCCGCAGAUGCUGCCUGAUCUGAUUGUUUGUUGUAGCCUCGAGGAUUAAAUACCAACAUUCUCUUUGUUCUCUCCAAUCAUAGAUUCAUAAGGCAUGGAAAAGGGUCCAUCAGCCCAACUCAUCCAUGACAACCAAGAUGCCCCAUCUAAGCUAGUUCCAUUUGCCCACAUUUGGCCCCUAUCCCUCUAAACCUUUCACAUUCAUGUGUCUGUAAAGGUAUCUUUUAAAUCUUGUUGUUGCACCUGCCUCAACUACCUCCUCUGGCAGCUCAUAUACAUAUACCUACCACUCUGAGUGCACAAAGUUGCCCCUUGGGUUCCUCUUAAAUGUUUCCAUCUCACCUUAAACCUAUGUCUUCUGACUUCAGAGAUACAGCAUGGAAACAGGCUUUGCCCCAUCAAGUGCACGCCAACCAGAGAUCAACCUGUGCAUUAACAUUAUCCUACACACUAGGGACAAUUUAUGGGAGCCAACUAACCUACAAACCUGUACAUCUUUGGAGUGUGGGAGGAAACCGGAGCACCUGGAGAAAACCCACGCGGUCACAGGGAGCAUGUGCAAACUCCAUACAGACAACCUCUAGUCAGGUUUGAACACCGGUAUCUGGCACUAAGGCAGUAACUCUACCGCUGUGCCUGCAUGAACUGAAAUUUUCAAUACUUAUUGGUUUUUAUUUCUGUAAUUUUAUUUUUACCUUUGGAUUACUGAGGAAAUAACAAUACAGACACAAGAGAGACUGCAGAUGCUGGUAGUUGGAGCAGAAAAUAAACUAAUGAGAAAACUAAUGUCAGGCAGCAUAUGCGGAGGUACAGUCAAUGUUUCAGGCCGAGACCCGGCAUCAAGAUUUAAGGAUGAAGGGGUGCGCUGUGG